GGGCGCGGCCCGGGGCGCGGCGGGCGCGGCCGGCCCGGGGAGGCCGCGGCAGGCGGGUUUACACGUACGAAUCAGUGCUUGAAGAGCUUGAAGUACAAAGUUUCCCCAAGACUUAAAAAUGCCUCCACGGCCAUCAUCUGGUGAACUAUGGGGCAUCCACUUGAUGCCCCCCAGGAUCCUGGUGGAGUGUCUCCUCCCAAAUGGAAUGAUAGUGACUCUAGAAUGCCUCCGUGAGGCCACCUUACUGACUAUUAAACAUGAACUCUUUAAAGAAGCAAGGAAGUACCCUCUCUAUCAGCUCCUUCAAGAUGAAUCUUCUUACAUUUUUGUAAGUGUUACACAGGAAGCAGAGAGAGAAGAGUUUUUCGAUGAAACACGGAGACUUUGUGACCUGCGACUGUUUCAGCCUUUCCUGAAAGUUAUUGAACCAGUAGGUAACAGAGAAGAAAAGAUUCUUAAUAGAGAAAUAGGUUUUGCUAUUGGCAUGCCUGUCUGUGAGUUUGACAUGGUCAAGGAUCCAGAAGUACAAGACUUCAGGAGAAACAUUCUGAACGUGUGUAAAGAAGCCGUGGACCUGCGAGAUGCCAACGCCCCGCACAGCAGAGCGCUCUAUGUCUAUCCUCCCAAUGUAGAGUCCUCAGCUGAACUCCCCAAACACAUAUACAACAAACUAGACAAAGGGCAAAUUAUAGUGGUGAUUUGGGUAAUAGUCUCACCAAACAAUGAUAAGCAGAAAUACACCUUAAAAAUCAAUCAUGACUGUGUGCCUGAGCAAGUUAUUGCUGAAGCAAUUAGGAAGAAAACUCGAAGUAUGUUGCUGUCAUCUGAACAACUGAAACUUUGUGUCUUGGAGUACCAGGGCAAAUAUAUUUUAAAAGUCUGUGGCUGUGAUGAAUACUUGCUAGAAAAAUGUCCACUGAGCCAGUAUAAGUACAUAAGGAGCUGCAUCAUGCUUGGCCGCAUGCCCAACCUGAUGCUGAUGGCCAAGGAGAGCCUGUACACGCAGCUGCCCCUGGACACCUUCACCAUGCCCUCCUACUCCCGGCGCAUCUCCACCGCCACGCCCUACAUGAACGGAGAGGCCACCACCAAAUCCCUCUGGACCAUCAACAGCGCUCUCAGAAUAAGGAUCCUCUGUGCUACCUAUGUAAAUGUGAACAUCAGAGACAUAGACAAGAUUUAUGUUAGGACAGGUAUCUACCAUGGAGGGGAACCUUUGUGUGACAAUGUGAAUACUCAGAGGGUACCUUGUUCUAAUCCCAGGUGGAAUGAGUGGCUGCUGUAUGACAUGUACAUUCCUGAUCUGCCCCGUGCUGCUCGGCUCUGUCUGUCCAUCUGCUCUGUCAAAGGCCGCAAGGGUGCCAAGGAGGAGCACUGUCCAUUGGCUUGGGGAAAUAUAAACAUGUUCGAUUACACAGACACUCUGGUAUCUGGGAAAAUGGCUUUGAAUCUUUGGGCAGUACCUCAUGGGCUGGAGGAUUUGUUGAAUCCUAUUGGUGUUACUGGAUCAAAUCCAAAUAAGGAAACUCCAUGCUUAGAGCUGGAAUUUGAUUGGUUUAGCAACCCUGUAAAGUUCCCAGAUAUGACAGUGAUUGAAGAACACGCAAACUGGACAAUUUCACGGGAACUGGGAUUCAACUACAGCUAUGCAGGGCAGAGUAACAGAAUAGCUCGGGAUAGUGAAUUAACAGAGAGUGACAAGGAGCAACUGCGAGCCAUUUGUACCCGAGACCCCUUGUCUGAAAUCACUGAGCAAGAGAAGGACUUCCUCUGGAGACACAGACACUAUUGUGUGAAUACUCCAGAAAUUCUACCCAAAUUACUUUUGUCUGUCAAGUGGAAUUCUAGAGAUGAAGUGGCCCAGAUGUACUGCUUGGUGAAGGACUGGCCCUCAAUCAAGCCAGAGCAGGCCAUGGAGCUGCUGGACUGCAAUUACCCAGACCCCAUGGUGCGAGCGUUUGCAGUUCGCUGUCUGGAGAAGUCCCUGACUGAUGACAAACUGUCUCAGUACCUAAUCCAGCUGGUACAGGUUCUGAAAUAUGAGCAGUAUUUAGAUAAUCAGCUUGUGAGAUUUUUGCUCAAGAAGGCACUGACCAAUCAAAGGAUAGGACACUUCUUCUUUUGGCAUUUAAAGUCUGAAAUGCACAACAAGACUGUCAGUCAGAGGUUUGGGUUACUUCUGGAGUCCUACUGUCGAGCGUGUGGAAUGUACCUGAAGCACCUGAGCAGGCAGGUGGAGGCCAUGGAGAAGUUGAUUAACCUCACAGAUAUUCUCAAGCAGGAAAAAAAGGAUGAGACCCAGAAGGUACAGAUGAAGUUUCUUGUUGAACAAAUGAGACGGCCAGAUUUCAUGGAUGCCUUGCAAGGUUUUAUCUCUCCUCUUAAUCCUGCCCAUCAACUGGGAAACCUCCGGCUUGAGGAGUGCAGGAUAAUGUCAUCUGCAAAAAGGCCGCUGUGGUUGAACUGGGAAAACCCAGAUAUUAUGUCUGAACUGUUAUUUCAGAACAAUGAGAUAAUAUUUAAAAAUGGAGAUGACUUGCGUCAGGACAUGCUGACACUUCAGAUAAUUCGAAUUAUGGAAAACAUCUGGCAAAAUCAGGGUCUUGAUCUUCGGAUGUUGCCCUAUGGUUGUUUGUCAAUUGGUGACUGUGUGGGACUCAUCGAGGUGGUCAGGAGCUCUCACACCAUCAUGCAGAUCCAGUGUAAAGGAGGCUUAAAAGGAGCACUGCAGUUCAACAGCCAUACAUUGCACCAGUGGCUCAAGGACAAGAACAAAGGAGACAUGUAUGAUGCAGCUAUUGACCUGUUUACACGUUCUUGUGCUGGCUACUGUGUUGCCACCUUUAUCCUGGGCAUUGGUGAUCGCCACAACAGUAACAUCAUGGUCAAAGAUGAUGGACAGCUGUUUCACAUUGACUUCGGGCACUUCCUCGAUCACAAGAAGAAGAAAUUUGGUUACAAAAGAGAGCGUGUGCCAUUUGUCUUAACACAAGACUUCUUAAUAGUGAUUAGUAAAGGAGCCCAAGAAUGUACCAAAACGAGGGAGUUUGAAAGGUUUCAGGAGAUGUGCUAUAAGGCUUACCUGGCAAUUCGGCAGCAUGCCAAUCUCUUCAUCAAUCUUUUCUCCAUGAUGCUUGGCUCAGGAAUGCCAGAACUGCAGUCCUUUGAUGAUAUUGCAUACAUUAGAAAGACCCUUGCAUUGGACAAAACUGAGCAGGAGGCUCUUGAGUACUUCAUGAAGCAGAUGAAUGAUGCUCACCAUGGUGGCUGGACAACAAAAAUGGACUGGAUUUUCCACACAAUAAAGCAACAUGCUUUGAACUGAACUGACAGCAAAGAAAACAAGAACUGAUACCCAGCUUUGUGGGUACUGCACUGUUAAUACCCGAUAGCAGCAAAGACUGGUUGCAUAGGAAUUGCACAAACCAUGAACAACAUUAGAAUUUAUGGCGAGAAAAGAGAUGAAUUGUUCAGACAACUGUUGGAAAAUAAUGUAAAACAGGGUUUCAGAUAGCACUAAAAUUAUAAACUUCAAAAAUUAAGCUUUAGUACGAUGUGUGCAGGGACCUUGACAAAUUAUAGAGAUGGGCAAUCACCAAGUGCAUGAAGUUUAACAAGGGCAAGUGCCAGAUUCUGCACCUGCAAUGGGGCAAGCCUGGUUGUGUGUAUGGACUGGGGAAUGAGGCUGGACAGCAGCUGUGGAAAGGGACCUGGGGGUCCUGGUCGAUGGCAAGUUGAACAUGAGCCAGCAGUGCCCUGCAGCCAGGAGGGCCACCUGUCCUGGGGCAUCAGGCACAGCUUGGCCACCUGGGUAAGGGAGGGCAUUGGCCCACUCUGCUCUGCACUGGGGCGGCCUCACCUUGAAUAUUGUGGGCGGUUUUGGCUGCCACAGUCUAAAUAAAAUUAAGCUAUUAGAGAGUGUCCAAAGGAGGGCCACAAGGAUGGUGAGGGGUCUGGAGGGGAAUGGGCUUUAUGGGGAGCAGCUGAGGUCACUUGAUCUGUUCAGCCUGGAGAAGAGGAGACUGAGAUCAGACUUCAUCGAGGUCUGCACCUUCCUCACGAGGGGAAGUGGAGGGGCAGGUAUCAUUCUCUUCUCUCUGGUGACCAGUGACAGGACUUGAGGAAAUGGCGUGGAGUUGAGUCAGGGGAGGUUUAGGUUGGAUAUUACAAAAAGGUUUUUCACCCAGAGGGUGGUUGGGCACUGAACAGGCUGCCCAGGGAAGUGGUCAC